AUGGAUUUGCGAAAAAUGUCUGAUCCGGAGAAGGUAAUACUUUGUAAGCGUUAUUUUUAUAUCGGUUUUGCUUUGUUGCCACUAGUUUGGAUUGUUAAUGCUGUGUGGUUUUUCGAGUCUGCAUUUUUUGAUAAACCUUCACAAGUGCAAAAAACAAUCAAAAAAUAUGUGCUCUAUUCAAUAAUUGGUGCAUCAGUAUGGGUAUUAGCUCUCAUUGCCUGGGAAAUAUUUUUUCAGUUGGAAAGAGCCAAAGGAUUGGAAUGGACUGAUCGAUUGUCUUUCGUAUUUCCUGUUGGAUAUGUUUAA